AUGGGUCAUCGAACAGGAAUGAUCCUUGUCCUAGCUCUGGUUGUAAUGUCCGUUAGGGGUUCGGACGCAUCGGCCUUGCAACAGACGAAGUUCGGCGCGCCGCUUCUGACUGAAAAAAUCGCAACAAAUAGAUCAAUAAUUGUCGAUAUUGAAGGCAAAGGAGACUACACUUCGGUUCAAAAAGCCAUUGAUGCUGUCCCUGUUGGUAACUCUAAUUGGAUCAUCGUCCAUGUCCGUAAAGGAAUAUACAAGGAGAGAGUGCACAUUCCGGAGAACAAGCCGUUCAUAUUCAUGAGAGGUAACGGAAAAGGAAAGACGAUCAUCGAAUCAUCGCAAAGUUCGGUCGAUAAUGUUGCUUCAGCCACUUUCAAAGUCGAAGCUAAUCACUUCGUUGCUUUUGGUAUCAGCAUCAGGAAUGAUGCACCGGUGGGAUUGGCGUUCACGUCUGACAACCAAUCGGUGGCAGCGUUUGUGGCUGCUGAUAAAGUAGCGUUUUACCAUUGUGCGUUCUACAGCUUGCAUAACACUUUGUUUGAUAACAAAGGUAGACAUUACUACCAUGAGUGUUACAUCCAAGGCUCCAUCGACUUCAUCUUCGGUCGUGCAACUUCCAUUUUCAACAAUUGUGAGAUAUUUGUGAUAUCGGACAAGAGGGUGAAACCGUAUGGGUCAAUCACAGCACAUCACAGGGAACACACAGAGGAACACACAGGUUAUGUGUUCAUAAGAGGCAAAGUGUACGGAAUCGAUGAGGUUUACUUAGGCCGAGCCAAAGGACCUUAUUCUCGAGUCAUCUUUGCCAAGACUUACUUGUCCAAGACCGUUGUUCCUAGCGGUUGGACCAACUGGAGCUACGACGGUUCGACCAAGGAUUUAUACCAUGCGGAGUAUAAGUGUCAUGGACCAGGUGCUGAGAGACAAGGUAGAUCAGAUUGGGCUAAAGAACUUACGAAACAAGAAGUUGAGCCUUUCUUGUCCAUUGAUUUUAUUGAUGGAUCUUCUUGGCUCCCUGUUUGGCUUGUGCAACAUUCCUAG